UCAACACAUUUCUUUCGUGAUGGUUUUAUCAGCAAAUACAAACCUAGAAGAAAGCGUCAGAGAAGAGUCCAAUCCAAACAGAUUUUUGAGCGAAGAUUUCAUAAAAGUUAUUGAACCUUUUCUAAAAAUCCAAAAAUUAUUGGGUUUAAGUCGAGUAGAUAUCAAAGAUGGAUCAGUCACUCCGCCCACAAAAUUUCACAAAUGCUAUACAAUGGUGUGGUUAAUAAUGAUGACAAUUUCUAUUAUACAACUAAUUAUAUCAUACAUGGUCAGGUUUACUGACAAUCGCAAAAUGUUCUAUAUGUUUACCGUGGCAUUUUUGUCAAUUGAAGUAAUAUUUGCGGGAUUCUUAAUUAACGCACGAUUCUGCUAUAAUGAGGGUAAUAUAAAUUUGUACCUUCAGAUGCAGAAAAUAGAUCGUAUUAUGGGGAAAAAUACACCUAUCAAUAUCACGCUUCAAAAACGAAAUCGAAUAACUGCUUACUCUUUGGCUUUAUUUUUUGUGCUCAUCUUCAUAGCUUCAUAUAUAUUAGCCAGAGAUGAAUUUGGAAUUUUGGAACUGGUCGGAGCAACGUACACUCUAGAAAUUGUAGCAGUGGAGUUGUUCUGCUCUUCAAGUCAUAUGCGUUUUCUCUACACUAGGGUGUGUCAGCUAAAUUCUCAAAUCAACAUGCAUAUCAGAGAAUCGAAAUGUGAUAUUGCAAUUUUGAGUAAUGUAUUCGAAACAGCCAAUCGACUUGUAAUAUCGACAGAAUGGCAGGAUUGUGACCCAACAGACAUUUAUCUAAAAGAGAUAUUCACGGGUUUUGUGUUAUUCAAGGAGCGAUAUAGUUUCCAGCUGAAAGAAAGGCUGUUGAAACGUCCUAAACCCUUAAUUAUUAUUUGUAUCUUUCAGAGAAUGUACCUACUUGACUUUAUUAAUCUUCUAGCACUGGCAUUUAUUUACAUGCUUCUACUUCUAUGGCUGAGUUCUGGCACCGAGGCUUUUAUGCGUGAAGUUCGCAAAACAAAACAUCUCUCCAUACUGAUGAUGUGUCGCUACGCCGACGGCCCCUUAAGGACGACAGCCAAGAACAUGUUGAAGCUAAUAGAAGAGACGCCUCCGGACUUCUCCGUGUACGGCAUGUGGAGCAUGGCCGCACAACUCAAUAUUGAUGUUUUCAAACUGAUCACUAAUUUCAUUUUGACGAUUUUACAAUUCACGUUUUUGUAA